CCAUGAUUGGACAAGGAGGACUGCCAAUCAGAGAUUGUUUCCAUUCCUUUCCGUUCUAUACAUGAAGUGAAGAGUUAGCUUUUGCAUAUGUGUUCCAGCAUGGUCAGCUGAAAGAGCAGGGCGCUUUGUAGUAUCAUACUGUAAGUUUCUUAAAAAGAAGACAUACCGCACAGCAAGGACAUCGUUUCCAAAUGGCGAGAUAUAUUCACUAACAUAGGACGAAAGCAGCCAAGGUUUUAGACUUUUUAAUUGUUUUUUAUUCUGUGUUAUUAUUACUAUUUUUUUGCAUCGAGAAAAUGCCAACUGCAACGCUUUUGCCUUUCACCAAUACUCCGAGUAGGAAGUCAGCAAGCCCGAGCGCUUUCCGACUCACGGAGAAAUUUAUUUUGCUUUUAGUUUUCAGCGCUUUUAUCACACUGUGUUUUGGUGCUAUUUUCUUUUUACCUGAUUCGUCUAAGCUGUUGAGCGGGGUGUUUUUCCAUUCUUCCUCCGUGGAGGCUGACACCAAAACAGGUACAGACAGCAAUGGAAGUAUCCACGGGGCAGACAGUGAUGAAAACAAGUUAACAAGAAUCCGAAAAGAUCACGAGAAGGCUCUGAGCGAAGCGAAGGACACCCUGCAGAAGCGACCAGACGAGAUCCAACGAGAAAUUCAGAACGAGAAGGAAAAAGUUCAGAAGAAUGUAGAUGUUAGCAGAGGCGGAGGUGACGGUAACAGUUUGCCCAAAAUUAACUUUCACAAGCCACCCGGAGCAAUAGGACGUGAACCUUCAGACCAGGAAACCAAAGAGAAAAGGGCAAAAAUACAAGAGAUGAUGAAAUUUGCCUGGGAUAAUUACCAACGGUAUGCUUGGGGAUUGAAUGAGCUGAAGCCUGUCUCAAAACAAGGACAUUCAAGCAAUUUAUUUGGUAGCAUUCAAGGAGCUACGAUAGUGGAUGCACUUGACAGCCUGUACAUCAUGGAUAUGCAGGAUGAGUUUAAAGCCGCCACAGAUUGGGUUGAGAAGAGUUUAGACUUCAAUGUGAAUGCUGAAAUAUCGGUCUUUGAAGUAAACAUCCGGUUUGUUGGUGGACUUCUGUCAGCCUAUUAUCUCUCUGGAGAAGAGGUAUUCAGGAAGAAAGCGGUCGAACUAGGAGAGAAGCUCUUGCCAGCCUUCAACACCCCCACUGGAAUCCCCUGGGCCCUGCUUAAUAUUAAGAGUGGAAUAGGCAGAAAUUGGCCUUGGGCAUCAGGGGGUAGCAGCAUCUUGGCUGAGUUUGGAACCCUCCAUUUAGAAUUCAUGCACCUGAGCCAACUCUCUGGGAACCCUGUAUUUGCUGAGAAGGUAAUGAACAUUCGGAAAGUUUUGAACCGUUUGGAUAAACCACAAGGCUUAUACCCGAACUACCUAAAUCCUAACAGUGGACAGUGGGGCCAGAAUCAUGUAUCAGUUGGAGGUCUCGGGGAUAGUUUUUAUGAGUAUUUGCUCAAGGCAUGGCUGAUGUCGGACAAGACCGAUGAAGAAGGCAAGAAAAUGUAUUACGACUCCAUUCAGGCCAUCGAGUCACACUUAAUUAGAAAAUCCAGAGGGGGCUUCACCUAUAUUGCAGAGUGGAAGGGAGGCUUGCUUGAGCACAAAAUGGGUCAUCUGACGUGCUUUGCUGGAGGCAUGUUUGCACUUGGGGCAGAUGGGGCACCAGAUGAGAAGACUGGACACCAAAUGGAACUGGCUGCUGAAAUCGCACGCACAUGUCACGAGUCAUAUUCCCGCACCACUCUGAAACUGGGACCAGAAGCCUUCCGGUUUGACGGUGGUGUUGAAGCCAUUGCCACAAGGCAGAACGAGAAGUACUUCAUCUUGCGACCCGAGGUUAUUGAGACGUACAUGUACAUGUGGAGGUUUACUCACGACCCCAAGUACAGGCAGUGGGGCUGGGAGGCAGUGCAGGCACUGGAGCAGUACUGCAAAGUAAAUGGUGGAUAUUCUGGGAUUAGGGAUGUUUACGCCAGUCACCCAAGCCAUGAUGAUGUGCAGCAAAGCUUCUUCCUGGCAGAAACACUCAAGUAUCUGUACCUGCUGUUUUCAGAAGAUGAUCACCUUCCCUUUGAACACUGGGUCUUCAAUACAGAGGCACAUCCACUACCAGUCAUCAGGAAAGAUGUAAAGAAACCAGAAGUGUAGAAAACCAACAACUUUUUCAAGAAAUUGUGGCAUCUCUAAAAGGCAGAUGACAGACUUCUCUACUCUUUACUCCACUGUCUUGUAACAUACAUCAAAUCCGAGAAGAAACUGGAUCAAUAGAUCUGCAAAUUUGGGGUUAUUGGUCAUUUAGGUAAUCUUGCCCCUGGACUCUAUGAAACUCAUGUAAGUGUACAUGAUUUGUGUCCCCAGCCUUACAGCAUAUAGCUAACAGUGCAUGUUCCCUGUAUUUUCUAAUAGAAGGAUCUGACUGCAGAGAUAGACUGCAAGAUUCUUUCCUCCUCUGUGAGGAGAUGGAGGCCGUUUUCAGCUGUAAUUUUUGCUGUGUUGCAAAAAAGCCAUAAUGAACUGAAUAGAAAGCUUUAUUAUUCACAAAACUUUUUUUCUGUUUUGUUUUGUCACUCAUUUUGCAUCUGUGGUGUCCACUGAACAUCAAAAACGACAGCUGACUAAAAUUGUCUUUUUUUCUGAUGUACAGUAUGCAUACUUUUUUCUAAGAUCACCUUUUUAAUGUGAAACCCUGGGUCUCUAGUUUAAUACUGGUUACCAUAGUGCACAGCCAUUGUAUCCAAUCACGUUAAAAUAGGGCCUUAUCUGUCAUUCAGAAUAAUACAUAUUCACGCUGCCGAGUUCAUUGUUUUUGUUGGAGAAAGAAAUUCUUGCUGCUUUUGAGUUCUGUGUGUAGUGGUGUGGUUUAGGUUACUGUGGCUUGGUUCAUACUUCCACACUGCCACCUAUUGUAACUUGGAAAUGAGUGCAUCACCCCCAAGAUCAGGCUGGUCACCCCAUAUGCAACUGCAAAGUAGGAAAUACAACAUUUCUAGGAAAACUACCUUUACAAACUCUCAGUGCUUGCCUCCCAAAGACAUUGUAGUAAUGAGGGGACAAUAUGCCAUUGUGUCCCUUUGCUAAAGAAUGCAGAUACAGUAUAGCAAUUUGAGAUGACACACAUUUUGUUCACACAUGAAAAUAUGUUCUUGUAAAAUUUCAUAAUUGUCUGUGUCAUAAGUCUACUGAGUUUUACAUAGGAAGAUGUUGGAUUAUGAAUGAAAAAAUUGGGACAAUCAUUGUGGUAUUUACCAUGAAUUUAAUUUAUAAUUUUGACAUUCCGUUUUCUCUGUUUCCCCUUAGAUGUAUUUAAAAUCAAGCUGUCAACAUCUAAUAUCUGUUAUCCAUCUAAAUAUUUUAGAAAAAUAUUAGUGAAUUUUACUGAUGAAGUACAGACAAAGAGAAGGAGAUGUGAUCCCUUUUAUUGGACUAAGUAAUUAAUCGCAAGCUUUACCUCCAGAGGGCUCUUCUUCAGGUGAAAGUAGAAAAGAGAUUGAAGUAAUAAUGGAGUAAUACUGAUGAAGUAAUAAUGGUGGGGAUUUGCCUUCCAAUUAUGUUUUUGUGUUUUGUUUAAUUUAUCUUGGAAAACACAAGCUUUUUAUAAAGUAUGGUAUUUGUUGUGGGAUUCUAGGUGGUGUAAAAAAAAGCACAAUUAGGAAACAUUUCAUUAUAAAAUGAGAAUAAAGAGGUGUGAGGAAACAAGUACUUUGAAUAGACUCAUUGUCCUACACUGGAUUGUUAACUAUUCAGCUAUACAAUGUUUACUGUAUAUGAAGUUCCUAUUAGUAGGCAAGCCAAUCAAAUAAAAACUUGGGUGUUGUAGCUGGAAGGAUUUUUUUUGUUUGUUUUUGUUUGUAAAAUGUGCUUUAAAAAAAACCAAACACAACAAUUAAAAUAUUUUUUUAGGAAGUAACAAAGACCCUGUUUACAAAGGUUUUUUAAAACAGAAAUGUAGUCUGUUUUUGAUGGUUUAAAUGAAGUUUUGAUGUUUAUCAAACUGAUUUUAAAUGACUAUUUAACUUCAACGUUCAUGCAUCGGAAAAUCCAUCAAAGCGGACUUAACCUUUCAGGUGUUUAAAGAUUUGUACUUUGUGAAGGGGUGAAGUUACUCCACAGGCUACUGACCCAUUCUGUUUGUUGGACCAGGGGAUAUUGGAACUGUCUAGACGAAUGCUUAGAAAAAACACAGCUCAUUUUGGUUGACCUCACUUUCUUAAACAUCUGAUGCAUUGCUUACGUUGUCUUUGAUACCAUAUUAUGUCUGAUAAAACACACAACAAACAUUUUGUUUUUCUGUGACUGUGCAUCUAAAACAGACCUUUUACAUAAUUGAAAUAACUACAUAGUUUUAUCCUACACUAAAUGUAGCAAUAUGCACAUUUAUUUGUUACUGCCAUUCUUCAAAUUCUCUCCUGCUAAGAUACUGUUUUAUGAGGCGUAAUAUGGUGUACAUGUCAACGUUCAUUUAUUUUCGCUAAAUCUGCUUUUAUAUCAUUAUGUGAAAGGAAAUACAUUCCAGAUAGCGCUGUUCCUAAAUGUGUGCACAGAUUAUUGCUUUUAUGAUCACAUGGUUGUCUAGGGGUUCAUUGUGUAUAUUUGCAUAUUUCUGCCUGAUAUACCCUUUUAUUCUCUUAUUCUCAUUUUAGGACAUAUUUGUGGGGGGGGGGUAAACUGGUGUAUUGCCUAUCUAACUAUAAAGGAAUAAAAACAAGAGUUGCAGUUGUAUGUACAGUAGUUAUCUGCAAAAUGAGCCUACUUUGUUUCACUUGGGGUAUGUUCUGUGGUAAUACUGGAAUUGUGUAUGUACUGUAUAGUGUACAGUUAAGUGUAAUUUCUCUACAUCUAUAAAACAAAAUGUAAGGGUUUAUUUUCAAAUGCCAACUAAAUGUAUCUGGCUUCAUGACAUAAACGGGAAUCAUACAGUACAUCACAAUGCCUUUUUGUGAAAUGAUUAUGCUUUUUGUGUUGAAAUUGUAAUAUGUGACUGUACACUUGUGGAAUAAGCAUUCCAUUGCACAUAGUUUCUUUUCAUUUUAUAUGCAAUUAAAUGUGUGUGUUUUUUUUCAUUUAUAUUUGUUUUUAAUAUGUAAAUAUUCCAUUCUCGCAUAUAUGCCUUUCCACCUUUAUAUCAAUCUAUGACGUUACAGAUUAUAUCAUUAAAAUGAGCUGCAAAAUUUUUAAUAACUAUAUUUGUAACAUUUCUCUAUUGUGAAUAAAAUUCUUUUACUAAAUUAA